UUCAGUUCCUCUGCGGUCCUCUUCCUCGGCACUUGCGAGAGCAGCUUCUCACCACCUGUGGGAUUAGAGCAUCUUGGGUGUGUGACUAUGGAAGAGUUGGAUGCCUUAUUGGAGGAACUGGAACUUUCCACCCUCCAGGACAGUGGUGAAUGUUCCAGCCCAGUCCCUCCUCCUCUGGAUCAGGGGCCCAGAAAGGAGAGAAACCCUGCCAAGACUUCAAAGGUCCUGCCCGCUGAGGACCGCACAAAUCCUUCGUCGGUGGAGCUGGUGUACACUACCGACAUCCCGGAGUCCAACAUCUACAGUGAGAUUGAAGAGCCACAGAAAUCAGCCGCACCCCCUAAGACCUCGGCAGCAGCUCAGCUGGAUGAGCUCAUGACCCACCUGUGUGGGAUGCAGGCCCAGAUGGCUGUGAGGCCAGAUGCCAGCAAGGCACACUCGGUGGACAAGAAGGAACACCAGGACUCCCUGGACUCCAUGCUGGGGGGUCUGCAGCAAGACUUGCAGGACCUUGGAAUUGCCACCGUGCCCAAGGGCCAUUGUGCUUCCUGCCGGAAACCCAUUGCUGGGAAGGUGAUCCACGCUCUAGGCCAAGCGUGGCAUCCGGAGCACUUCAUCUGCACUCACUGCAAAGAGGAGAUUGGCUCCAGGCCCUACUUUGAGCGCAGCGGCGCGGCCUACUGCCCCGAGGACUACCACCAGCUCUUCUCUCCACGAUGCGCUUACUGCGCUGCCCCCAUCCUGGACAAAGUGCUGACGGCCAUGGACCAAACCUGGCACCCAGAGCAUUUCUUCUGCGCUCACUGUGGAGAGGUGUUUGGGGCAGAAGGCUUUCAUGAGAAGGACAAGAAGCCAUACUGCCAGAAGGAUUUCUUAGCCAUGUUCUCGCCCAAGUGCGGUGGCUGCAACCGCCCUGUGCUGGAAAACUACCUUUCGGCCAUGAACACUGUCUGGCACCCAGAGUGCUUUGUUUGUGGGGACUGCUUCAGCAGUUUUUCUACUGGCUCCUUCUUUGAACUGGAUGGACGGCCUUUCUGUGAACUGCACUAUCAUCACCGCCAGGGCACCCUCUGCCAUGGAUGCGGGCAGCCCAUCACUGGCCGCUGCAUCAGUGCCAUGGGCUACAAGUACCACCCCGAGCACUUUGUGUGUGCCUUCUGCCUGACACAGCUGUCGAAGGGCGUCUUCAAGGAGCAGAAUGACAAGACCUACUGUCAGCCCUGCUUCCUUAAGCUCUUCUCAGUGUAACCCCAGCUGAACCUGGGCCCUGCAGAGCCUCCACUCACUCACCCUCGCGAUGGGGCCUCAAGUGCCAUAACUGACCUUCUGUCCAACAGGCAAAUAAAACAAGUGAAGGGGAACAAAUCAGGUUCUUCUAGAUGCUUAAGGGACUAGGCUUGUUGUCUAAACUUUAGCUUUCUGGGCCUCCCUAGUGGCACAAGGGGUUAAGCACCACACUAUGAAGUAAUCUGCAGCCACUGCAGCAUGAGUUCGAUCCCCGGCCAGGGAGCUGCCCACGUGGCGCAGCAGACCUCUCCUGUCUCGCCCACUGUUCCCCUCAGCAGUGUAUUUCAGUAUAUAUGUCUGUUCUGCUCCCUGCUCUGUCUCUGGUGAAUCCUCUCACCCCCCACACCUCUGGCCUAUACCCCAGUUAUUUUAUGCAUAAAUAAAUAAAUCUUAAAAAAAAAAGAAUACUCUGCUUUAAAAGAAAGAAAGAAAUACUCACCCUCCAAGACUGCUUUUCCCCCAAUGAGUGAGUGUGAGUGAGUGAGUGAAUGAGUGAGUAGUGACUCAUUGUCAUGUUUGGAGACAGGCCUUCUAUGUUGUAUGCUGAGCACUCCCCAUGACACACCUGUGUGUCUUUUAUUUACAUCCACACAAUAGGUACUUUUUUUUAAAUCAAAAGAAAUUUUAAAUAUAAAUUUGAAAUGGAUUCCUACUCACUAACUUAACUUUUAAUUUAGGCUCAUAAUAGUCAUAUUCUUUUUUUUU